AUGGGUCAUCAGCACAAUGCGAGGGUGAUGUAUGCUUUCUCCUUCAUUUUGCAGCUGGUGCACUCAUUGGCGCAGAGCCAAUACCUGGACGAGUACAUCUUCAAAGUGGCAGAACGCAUCUCAUCGCAGCCCAACUUUGCGGUGGGCGCUCUAGAGAGCAUUGCCGGAAUUGCCAAAUUGCUGGUGGCGCUUCCAAUUGGUUGCCUCGUGGAUUCGAGACCGGAUCGCCGAACUCGGCUUGCUUGGGUGGCUGUAGCCCUGGGGUGUCCCGUGGUUGGUUUGGCCGUUGUGGCCAUUUUGGCGGAGCGGCUGUGGAUGCUGGCGGUAAUGCAGGUGGCCUUUGUGAUUUUUGUCGAGUUCGCCAGCUGCUUGGCCAUGGCCAUCUUUGCCAACAGCCUCUCAGCGGCCUCGAGCAACCUGCGGACCGCCGCCUUUGCCAACGUGCAGAUUUUCCAGAACUUGGGCACUGCCGUGGGCUCUGGCGCGUUCUCCUUGUUUCUGCUCUUUCAGGGCCCUGAAACGCAGACGGACAUGUGGACAGGCUUCCAGGCCAAGUCGGCUCUACUGACGGGUUUCGGGCUACUUUUCCCUGUGAUGCUGUCUCUGUUGGCUUUCCGCCGUGCCCCGCAGUCAAAAGAUUCGGGACACACAGAGAUGAAAGGGGAAAGAGUGAUGCAAAGAGCUUGGGUGCCCUAUCUGGUGUUGCUGGCAUUGUUAUUUGUCGCGCUGGCCACGGGGAUGAUCUUCAAGUUCUUUCCACUCUUCUUCAUCAACAUCCACAACAUGUCUGGCGUGCAGAUCGGCAUAAUUCAAACCCUCGAUCCCUUGUUAAAGGCUUGCUUCACCUACGCGGUUGGUGCUUGUGCUCAACAUGUGGGUCGUGCUCAAACCGCCAGCUUCUGCAUCGCUGGGAUCAUUGGAUGUCUGCUCGGGAUGUCCUACCUGUGCAGCGGAUCCGGGACGCAUGUGUGGUCGUUGGUGGCUCUCUUCAUGUUUCGAGGAAGUCUCGGCCAUGCAAGCUUCCCUUUGAUCUGGUCCAUUUUGAUGGAACACGCACCGGCAUCCCAAUUGGGCAGAUGGAGCAGCGCCAGUGCUGUUUUGAACGUCUCCUGGAGUGGCUCGGCUGCGAUUUCGGGAGCACUUCUGGACCAGCAUGGCUACGCAUUCACCUUCCAAGUGGCCGCAGUGCUCUUUGGCGUGGCUUUGGGUGUGUUCUCACCACUCCUCUUUGUCCAGAAGUCUAUGGAAUCCCAGAGCCCUGCAGUCGAAGACGAAGAAGAAGGCGAAGGCUUCUCCGCUCGACAGGUGGUGGUGGUGGUGGAUCCCUUCUCCACAGGCGGAAAUUUGGCUGCGGAGCUGCUGAGCCAAGGCUAUGCCGUGGUCGCACUGUGGACCAAGGAGUCAAAUGUGCGAUAUCACGAUUAUCCAGAGUGUUUGGACCCGAAAAAGCUGCUUUCCGAGCUGGACGAACAGCCAACAGUGGAAGGCACAGCACAGCGCCUGUGCGAGACAUUGGUCGGAAGAGAUUGCCUGGCGGCGGUGAUUUGUGGAGGUGACAGCGGUGUCAAUGUCACAGACGCACUCAGCGAAGCGCUGAACCUGCGGGGCAAUGGCACCUUGAGCAGUGGCCAUCGCCGGGACAAGUGGGUUCAACAGGAGGCGUUGAAAGCAGCUGGUGUGAGGUUUGCCCGCACGGUGUGCGGAACUACCUGGAAACAGGUCUCCAUGUUUGCGGAGACGGAACAGUACCCUUUGGUUGUGAAACCCAUCGAAUCAGCUGGCGCAGAUGGAUUCAAGUUGUGUCAUUCUCUGGAGGAGGCACGGGCCCACUUUGAGUUCCUGAACACUUCCCAGCGUUGGUGUGGUGGUCAAGGCGGCGGGGUUGUCUUGCAAGAAUUUCUUCAGGGACCUGAGUACGUCGUCGAUCAAGUAUCUUGUGAUGCGGUGCACAAGACCACCAUGGUGUGGAUGUACGACUUUCAGGAAGUCAAUGGAAGUCGUGUUUGCGUGGCGCAGCGGCCAGUUUCAAGCGAAACAAUGGUGGCAAGGGAGCUGAUUGCCUAUGCGUGCAGUUGCUUAGAUGCUUUGAGCAUCCGCAACGGUGCAAGCCACACAGAGCUCAUCUGGACCUCCCUUGGGCCUCGCCUGGUAGAGGUGAACUGUCGUUGUCAAGGUGGCACUGGCUUUUGGCUGCCACUCUGCCGCAAGAUGACGGGCUACUCCCAAAUGGAUGCGGUGAUUGAUGCCUACCUCAACCAGGAGGCCUUCCACGCACUGCCCAAUGCGCCGACAUUUUUGAUGUCUGGAGACAUCAUCCACUUAAUCUCCUAUGAAGAACAUCUCAUUACGGCCAUGCCUGGGCUUGAGGCUGUCCGCAGCCUCUCGUCCUUUACCGAUCUCGUGAUGAAUGUGAAGAUAGGAGACAUGACGCCUAAAACAACAGAUUGGUAUACAUUCACUGGCGUCGUAGCUUUGUGCCAUGCAGACCCAGCAGCACUUGCUGCUGACAUCUCGUGUAUUCGAAGCAUGGAGCUGUCUAGAAGCUUCUUCGGCGAAGACUUGUGCAGAUCUACAUAUUAUAGAAUGCUUCGCGAUUCAUGA